AUGGCUAGUGAGGAUAGUUUUCUAGUGCUAGUACACCACAGAGGAUCGAUUAAGAGAAAAACUCAGUUUGGCGUGAAGUUCACUGAUAAGGAUCCUCUAUGUAUUAUCGUGAGCCCAACGAUCAGCUACGAUUCUCUCGUUAGCUCCGUGCUGGUCAAGCUUGGUCUGGAAGGAGUGAAAAGGGUUAAGAAGUUUUUCUAUCGCAUUCCAAUCACGGUGCUCCAUGAUACGGUCAUGUUUCUUUCUCGUAGGCAGUUUCCCGAGGUGAGGACACCAGAGCUGUUGGCAAAGUUGGUUGACGUGGUAUCCAGCUCGGGUGGGUCGAACCGGAAUGCCAACACUAUAGCCACGGUGGCCGGUUCGAGCUCGAGACCUGCGGUUGCUUCAUCGUCCGUUCCAGUGUAUGAGCCACCGAUCCAGCCUGCCGCCUCCCUAUCGUUCGCUGUUGAUCUCAGCGGCAAUGUUGGAGACGAGGUUGGAUAUGGGGAACAUCUUCCGACCGAAGUACAGUGUCCUACACCGGCUGGUGUUGGAGAGGGAUUGUUUGAUGAUCCAGAUGACGAUGAUGUCGAGCCGGAUAUGAUCGCUGAUGACAGCGGCGAUGAUGUUGGAGCGAGUGAUCCGAUAAGGGCUACAGGUGGAUCUAGUUCUGGCACACAGCAGUACCCACCCCAUUUUUCAUCGUUGGACCUGGAUGCCAUGAGGCAGGACGAAUAUCCUGGGCAGCUUGCUGGAUUUGGCGCUAGAGAUACGGAAGGAUACGUGGGAAAGUGUUCUGAGUUUGGGAAUGGGUGCACAUGGUUGAUUCGGUUGAGUCUCCGACAACGCAAGGGCAUCUGGGAAGUCAAGCGGUACAACGGACCGCAUACCUGUCUCGCCACCUCCAUCUCCAGCGACCAUAUGAGUUUGGACUAUCAUGUGAUAGCGACAUUCAUUAUGCCAAUGGUUAGGGCUGACGCAUCCGUCAACAUCAAGGUGCUUCUAAAUGCCACGGACAUACACUUUGGGUUCAGGCCUACAUAUAGGAGGGUGUGGAUGGCGAAGCAGAAGGCGGUUGCAAUCAUCUAUGGGGACUGGGAUGAGUCGUACAACGAGCUCCCUCGGUGGGUGUUAGGAGUUCAGUGGACGAUGCCUGGUACUGUAGCAGUCCUCAGGACUUGGCCUGUUCAAGUUGGGGGACAGGUGGACGAGUCUCGGGCUUAUUUUCAUAGGAUGUUCUGGACGUUUCCCCCUUGUAUCGAGGCAUUUCGUCAUUACAAACCGUUGGUGAGUAUUGACGGCACCCAUCUAUAUGGCAAGUAUGGCGGAACGUUGCUUGUGGCGAUUGCACAGGACGGGAAUUCCAACAUACUCCCUGUGGCAUUCGCACUAGUUGAGGGUGAGAAUGCUGAGUCAUGGUCCUUCUUUCUCUCCCACCUCCAAAAGAUCCAAGACUGCAGUAACUGUAACGGCCCAGCUAACUUCACAACAUGUCUGUUGGCGACUCGGCACAUGCAUCGAUACAACCAUUCUAGUGCCGCCGACCCCCAACUGUAG